GUUGGCCGCACCAAGCGCCCUCUGAAUGCCUUUAUGGCUUUCCGCACCUACUAUCUGAAGAUGUUCCCCGACGUUCAGCAGAAGACUGUUUCUGGCUUUUUGACCACGCUCUGGAACAAAGAGGCUCAGCGCAACAAGUGGGCCCUCAUUGCCAAGGUCUACUCCUUCGUUCGCGACCAUCUGGGAAAGGCCAAGGUCAACCUGGCCGCCUUCCUCGCUCUUUGCUGCCCUAUCAUGCGCAUGAUUGAUCCGGCCGACUACCUUGAUACUCUGGGCUGGGUUGUUCAAGAGAAUACCGAGGGCGCGAUGACCAUCACCCAGGUCCAGGACGACGAGCAUUCUGUUGAGUCUACCAGCAGCCCCGAUGCCUACCCCACCUCUGAGAUUGAGCUCCUGGCCUCCCUCGUUGAGUCUGGCUAUCUCCCUGAGUAUGGACCUGCCCUCGUUCAGCUCAUGAGCCAGAACAACAACGGUAUGAUGACCCUGAGUGUCGACAAGGUCGACAAGAAGAAGGAGUUCAUCGAUGCGCUCGUCAAGAACCCAUACCAGGCGACGGAGCAGAUUCUCGGCCCCGUCUACGAUCAUGCCUACUUUCAGCGCAUGUCGGUCUACUCCUGGGAGACUGUCGACCUUGGGGAUUUCAGUCACAUCCCCAUCACUAUCCCAUACCCACCC